GUCACAGUCUGAGUGCAGAGACCGAGCAGCGCCACUGCAGAACAGCGAGUCGUGGGGAUAUCGAUUUUUAGGAUUGUGGUGUCUUCUUUCCCUAGUUUUAGUGAAUUUUGAUGGUUAAUUUUGUGAAUGAAAUUCUUAUGUAACUCAAGACGAUAAGGAAGCAUCUAUCUAAAACGGCCAAAAGAUGACGAAGGAUAGGUUAGCAGCGUUGAAAGCGGCUCAAAGCGAUGACGAUGACGUCGGGCCUGACGAUGUUGCAGUCAACGUCGAUGGCUUUAUGGAUGAAUUUUUUGCCGAGGUUGAAGACAUACGAGAAAUGAUAGACCGGAUUGAGGCGAAUGUCGAGGAGAUAAAAAAGAAACACAGUGCGAUCCUUUCAGCGCCUCAAACUGAUGAAAAGGUGAAGCAAGAACUGGAUGAUCUGAUGGCCGAUAUAAAGAAAUCAGCGAAUAAAGUUCGCGCCAAAUUGAAGGUGAUAGAAAACAACAUUGAGCAGGAGGAGCAUGUCAACAAGUCUUCAGCUGACCUUCGGAUACGCAAAACCCAGCAAGCCACACUUUCCAGAAAAUUCAUUGAAGUCAUGACUGAGUACAACCGAACUCAAACUGACUACAAUCAGAAACUCAAAGACAGAUUACAACGACAGCUAGAAAUCACUGGCAAAAAGACAACUAAUGAAGAGCUUGAGGAAAUGUUGGAGUCUGGGAACUCUGCAGUAUUUACUGAAGGGAUCAUAAUGGAAACUCAGCAAGCCAAACAGACUCUGGCAGAUAUUCAGGCUCGACACGCUGAUAUUAUCAAGCUGGAAAACUCCAUCAGGGAGUUGCAUGACAUGUUCAUGGACAUGGCGAUGUUGGUUGAAAGUCAGGGUGAGAUGAUUGAUCGCAUUGAGUACCAUGUUGAACAUGCUGUUGACUAUGUUCAAACUGCCACGCAAGACACCAAGAAAGCUCUAAAAUACCAAAGUAAAGCCAGACGGAAGAAAAUUAUGAUUCUCAUCUGCUUGACCGUCUUGGGUCUCGUACUUGCAUCAACUGUUGCCAGCUACUUUGGUUUCUGAAGAGAAACUUCUGUUGCUCGUGAAUACUUCUUACCCGUGUUCUUAAAUUUGUGGUUCACUUUUACCAAAUAUUCCUGUGCGUUGAUUUACCUGUGGGUCAGAAUUCUCGUGAGCGAAACAUUUCUUUCCGAUUCGGCCUGCACCAAGUUGUUUAGAUCUGUCGCCAUCGUGCCGACGAGUCUCGCGUAAUCUGACUCUCUAAGUUUGACACAGACACACACACAUACACACUGAUCAAAGAAUUCUCUCUUGAAAACAACACCACGUGCAUUAAAUUCGAAUUACUCCGUUUGAUCGUUCCCCUAGGCGAAGGGAAGCUGAUCCGAAUAAGAAUAUAGGCCCGCGUUUCCAGCAGCAGCAUAUCAAGAGAAUAAUUUCUAAAAAAUUAGCCGCAUGAUUUGAAGAGACUUUACCGUAGUCGAUCAUAUACACUGCAUUCCGUGCUCCAAAGCAGGAUAUAAAGCGAAACUUGAGCGUCGUCAAGCGCGCGACGCGGCAACUACAAAUAAAAUGAAUGAAAACUCAUGUUACUAUAGAAAACACAAACACUCUUUCACACUAUUACGAUCCGCGCGAGUUGACGCUAAAUAUCUCUAGUUAUCAAGUAGAGUCGGGGAAUAAAGAACCAAAAGUCGCUCCUUUAUUCUCUCCUGACGAUGAAAGCCCACACCUAUAGAUUGCUUCAAUAUGAGAAUGUCAAUUUUAUGCUUUUGAAAAAUGAUCAAAAGAAUUUAAGGAGACGGUACGGUCCUUUGUAAAGUAUAAACACUAGUAAUAAACAGAUAAGUAACGCGCGCGACAUUGUAAUGAGAAAAUGCUUGCGAAGUUGUUGACGAUUAUUAAUUAUAUUUUGUUGGAAGUCAAGCGACGGAUAGAGCAAUGGAUUAUUACGUAUGAUAAAUGCCAGUUGUUCCGGUAUCGGGGAAGCUGCAGCGAGGAGGUCGAAAUAAUCGAAACGGUAUAGCAUAAAAGUUUGCCGAUUGGAAAUGAGACGAAAUACAAUAUAAUUAUACAACAGAUGCGAACAACAAGAUUCAAACUAUAGGGGACUCGAAAAUGAAAAUUUGCAGUAGCAAUAACUAUAGCGUUAAAAUACAUUACAAAACUACAUGAUUAAACAUAAUAAUGCAUAACGAUUACAAAUGGUAUUGUAUUCAUACGAAGAGCGCGUUUGUUUAUUAUUCUUGUGAUAUAGAUGUAGUGUCAUUGUUUUUAUGUCUCCUAAAAUUAACGAAAACAGUAAUGUGUAUGUCUAUAUAAUAAAUGUGCAAUUCAACACACAAUAAUGUUAUAUCAUACAUAAAAAUUGCAAAGCUUCUCGGGAUGAGCUGACGUGCGAAAAUUUCAUUGGCGAUUCGGUUGUGUCCAGUAGAACGAAUAUAUACUCAUUUUUUGCAUCAAAAAGCAGUUAUUUCGCUGAUUUGUGUGUGGCUAAUAUCUGCAUAAGGUGUAUGAAGUUUUCGAAAAUAGCUCAAGCACUCUUGUAACAUAAUUAUCGUGUCCGCGUAGAGGAGAAGUUACGACGAGAAUAAUUAAAAGAAAAGCAGUCCCCUUCGUACACCCCGUGAAAGUUUGAGUGUCCACAAGUCAUUUUGAGAGCAAAGCUUUUCCAGCAUCGUUCCGCGGUUGAUAAGGAAAUUUGGAAAGUCAGCAGCAAUAUUUGUACCCUAUAUUUAACGGUGAAAAAUGGAUUAAAUAAUUAUAUAUUACAGUAAAAAAAAAUAUUAAAGAUGAUACAAGAAGAGGAAGAGUUAAAAUUGAAAUUAUAUUUUCAGUACCUUUUUGUAAACGGUGUUCUUUAUUUAGAUAAGGAGUUCUAGUCGGUUGCUAACACAAAUAUCGAGUGAAGAUCGCGUGUGUAAAAAGAACUUAGCGGAUCCACUUUUCUAUGUGCAAUUGAAUGCAACUAAAAAUAAGCCUAAGAAGCACGCGACGCGCUACGAAGACGACAGCCUCGCGACACGUGCGUCCCGUAGGCCUAAACUCUCUCACACACAUACACACACACACACACGAAACAAAUGAAAUAAUUAAUUCAUUAACCAGUUGCUUGAUUAAAUUCUAGCUAGCGCCGACUUCCGGUAAAGUGUGUCAAAGGAAUGAGAUUGGUGUAGGAAAUUGACGGCGGAAAUGCCCACUCUUUGUUUGCAAAACGCGUGCGCGCAUUAGUUGAUGUUGUCCUCUCUCGAUAUAUCUCUCUCAUUCACCCCGCUGCCCAAGACAGAGCGUUAUUUUUGUAUUGAGGCCGACACACUCACACACACACACACACUCACACAAUAUUCGCUCAUUGUUAGCAGACGAAACUACAAAGGCACCCUAGCUCUCAAUUUCAUUUCCAUUGUCAACACUUUUCCUUGCGAAAGGCCGCGUUUAACCUUAAAGCGAAAAUAGCCCAGUAUAGCAGAGAACCCGCGAAUUAAACACUGAGUUGGUCAUGUAGAAAUUUAAUAUUUUCCUAAGCGUCAAAAACGAAAAGUGACACGUCAAAUUAGUGUAUCACGCAAAAGUGAGACAAAAUGAGAGGAAACGGUAAAUUGUUGUGUGUACUAUAUUAAAACAUUUGAAGAAAACGGCGGAUUCCACGCGCGUAGUCAAAAUCUAAAUCGGUUAAUCGCAUGUACAUACAAGUGCUGAAGAAAAUGUAGCAGGUAUUUUAAAUAUAAUUAUAUUAUACGAUUUAAAUAGUAUGAAGCUCUGUACAUUUUACAAAGCGUUAUGUUGUUGUUGCGCAUAUAGAUUAAAACAAAACAAAUAAGAAAUGAAGAGAAAUGGCAAUAUUCAAACGAGAGGAAAUUUAUAAAAUUUAAAUCAAUUGAUUGCUGAACGGAAUUUUCCGGAAACCCAUUAUCCUUGGACGAUAUAAAGAAAAGAAGAUAUUGAAAGAAAAAUGUAUUAUGUGCCUGUUCAAGAAGAUACGAGAAAUUAAAAGUACUGUCUAAUUUCCUACUUCGCGAAUCGAUCACCCGACACACCCAGUGUUUGUGUUGCGUCUUAUGGUUUAGCGCGUAGUCGAUCUGUGUUUGUAUUCUCGUCUGUCUCACCCCCCCAUCGCAGAGCAUUGGACAAUUAGUUUUAGCGCGAGAUGCUGUUUCAACCAGAAAAUGACACUUGCCAUUUUACUGCGUAUAUACACCAAUUAAUUAGGAUUACGAGGUGCUAACUUCACAUUUUGACGCGAGAACUAAAUGAAAUUGAAAUGAAUCACACGAGUAGCCACAACAAUGGCCCAGUUCAAAAAACCCAGAACGGUCUUCAAGACUGUGGAAAAGACCUGCUUUUAUUUAUUUGUUCCACGGAAUUAAAAUGUCGAACCCGAAGGAGGCUAGAUUGAAAAUGAAAUGCAUUCACCCCCACCCCAUUGAUUGACUUCACCGCACGCAUUCGAUCAGAUUUCUCUAUGAUUUCCCUGCGUGUUUUUUGAGCGGCCAGUAUUUCUGACGACGAGCGAGUGAUUAUAGGAGAAAAUGCGUUCCGUACGAGACAUACAUUGAUUGUGAUACUCUGUCUUUAGUUGAUCGACCCACCCACACUUACACAAAGUUCACGUUUAUGUGUCACUCUCAGCUGCACAAAUGCGAUCACGCGCCACGGUUUGUUAGUUGCGUCUGUAGUUCGCGUAUGGCGAGAACAAACGCGCGGAAGAGGUAAAUGGUGAAUAUGGGCCUGUUUGUUAAAAUCUAGACUUAUUAUAAUUAUUGCUUUUCUCGAUUUUUGCUGGCAAACUUCUAUUUAAAGCGCGGAGAGUCAAAUUCCGGAUCAAUUCUGCCUUGUCGGAGGAGUUAAUGGGCGGCCCGAUUGCCCGAUUGUGGAAAUUGCUUCAACGUUUUAACUCGACUAUUCUCUGAUUGGAUGCGAAUCCUUACAAGUGGAUGCUCAAAACAUUCCCGGCUUGAAUGAUUUUUCCAGUCGGCAGUCGGUCCGAACAAAAAUGUCCGCCAUUAGGCACCAGUUCAAUGCAAUUAUAAUACUAUAGCGAGUCAAAAAGCGGCACUAAAAACGCGAAAAAUCAUGUAAUGCUUUCGAAUCACAAACGUCUGCUGCUCUUGAGAAUCUUGAAUAAUAAUUAAGCACACACACACACAAAGCUGCUUCGUCGUCGUGCGCGAAUGCUUACUGAAACAUUUUGUGGAUACCGUUUUUGGAAGUGCGCGAGCGGAGUAAAUAAGCAUGAAACACACAUUUUACAUUUUCACCCCGCAGAAAAGUAAUUCUCUCAGUCAGUAAAAAAGCGCGUUGUAAAAGAGAUUCAAAAGAGCUGAUCAUGCCAAAAUGUAUCGUAGAUUCGCCAUUAGAGGAUGUCGGAGCGUUUGACGGUGUUUGAGGCCCAGAGAGUCUCUCUUAUACACUAUAAUUAACAUAGUCGAUUAUGGAUUGCGAAUAGGACGCUGCUAAUCACACACACUCACACACACACACCCUCUGUACUCUGUAAUCUCGAAUGUCCUCUCCGCCUUGUUGAUGAAAUCCUCGUCGUUGAGUUUUGCGUUUUGCAUAACACACGCAAUUCGUUCGCGCUCCUGCUCUAUUAACAAGAUAUAUUAUAUUUAAACUUGUUGAAAAAUGUAUUUUCUUGGUUCCUUUUCAUAUAUAUAAUAUAAUUUAUACUGUUGACUUGUUGUUCAUUCUCACCGACUUCUCAUCUGUGUACGCAAUCUCCCCCCAGAAUGCCAAGCAGCAUUUAAUGAAUCAUAAGGAAGCCUCACUCGUGUGUUGUGAUCUCUCUUUAACCUCUGUGUGUCUCAUUAAAAUUACAUUCGAAAAUUAUAUAUAGCAUAGUUAUAUUUGAUUAAUAAUAAUAUUAAAAUAAAGUGGAUUCAUCUCUGUUAAUAAAUAAUUAAACAAUAAAUUCAUUCUGAUAAUAGUGA